ACACCACUUGGCCUUUUCCAUAUUUCAUCUUCAUUUCAUUCCUCUUUUUAUCUCAUCUCCUUUUGCCUCAUAUUCCCCAUUUUCCAUUAUCCUUUGGUUUCUUCCCUUAUUCUAAUUAUAUCACCGACCAAGCAUGGAAUGUUCUAGACACGCUAUCUAGCGUAAUCCUGUCGUAAUCUCUUACAGCCAAUAGCCUCGCGUGGCUAUACGCAGGCCGAAAUGAACCACAUUCUACGACCACUUCUGGACGAAUGCGUGGUGGUGUACCUGGACGACAUACUCAUCUACUCGCGCGACAUGAAGCAGCACGUCGAACACCUGCGACGCGUCUUCGAAAUUCUUCGACGGGAACGAUUCUACGUCAAACUGUCCAAGAGCGAAUUCGCCCUGGAGAAGGUCCAAUUUCUAGGCCACAUGGUGAGCGCUCAAGGAGUUCACGUCGACCCCAAGAAAAUCGAAGCCGUACGUACGUGGAAGACACCCGAGAACGUGAAGGAGUUGCAGCAGUUCCUAGGCUUCGCUAAUUACUACAACAGGUUCGUGCCACAAUAUGCGAAACUCGCGGCACCACUCACGAAUCUGCUGAAGAAGAACACGCCCUACAAAUGGGAGACGAAGCACCAGGAAGCCGUGGAGCAGCUGAAACAAGCACUAACGUCCGCACCGGUGCUCAUCUUGCCAGAUCCCGAACGCGACUACGUAAUCGAAGCUGACGCCAGCGAACAGGCAGUGGGAGCAGUCUUAAUGCAAGACCAGGGGAAUGGACUGCAACCAAUUGCCUACCUCAGCAAGAAACUGCACGGGGCAGAACUCAACUACCCGAUACACGACAAAGAGGCUCUUGCUAUCAUCAUCGCCUUCAAAGCGUGGAGAUGCUAUCUCGAAGGACGAAGAACGACCGUCUACACCGACCACUGCAGCCUGAAAUAUUUGAAGACACAACCCAACCUUUCCAGGCGGCAGGUCCGGUGGAUCGACUUCCUCGAGACACACUUCCACUACGACAUCGUGUACAAGCCCGGCCACAAGAACAAAGCAGACGCUCUCAGCCGGCCUGCACACGUUGCCGCGAUUCAGGUCGAAGGGAUGAAUCCACUACUCAAGGGACUCUUCACCCACGGGUACGCCAUCGACCCCGAAAUUCCCUUGGCAGAAAAGCGACAUCUGCUACAAUGGGACAGUGACAUCGCGUACCGGAAGGGAUCCACAAAAAUCUGGGUACCCAAUUACCCUCCUUUGCGCCAGUUACUACUCGAAGAAUACCACGACGUCCUGUACGCCGGACACUUCGGUAGCAACAAGACGCUCACCGGUAUCGCCAAACACUACUACUGGCCCCAUAUGGCAGACGACGUCCAGAAAUUCGUCACCUCGUGUGAUACAUGUCAGCGGAUGAAGAGCAGCAAGCAGAAAAAGGCGGGACUACUGCAGCCUCUUCCUGUCCCAGAACAACCAUGGCAAGUGGUCAGCCUAGACUUCAUCACCGGGUUACCACCUACCUCCAGCGGUCAUGACGCCAUCCUUGUCGUCAUUGACAAGUUCUCCAAAAUGGGACACUUCAUCCCGACACACAUGACGGCACGCACCGAGGAGACAGCACAACUCUUCGUUCGUCACAUCAUCUCACAGCAUGGCAUCCCAACUACACUCAUCUCCGACCGAGACCCCAAGUUCACUAGCAAGUUCUGGAAGGAACUUAUGUCUCUGCUCGGCACCAAACUCGCCAUGUCAUCCGCAUACCAUCCGCAGACAGACGGACAGACCGAGCGCCUUAACCAGAUUGUUGAGCAACUCCUCCGAGCAGCCUGCAAGGACGAGAUCUCCAAAUGGGACUUGCACCUACCCGUCCUGGAGUUUGCCUACAACAACGCUACACACGCCGCUACGGGACAGACGCCGUUCUUCCUCUGCUACGGACGCCACCCACUCACACCACAGAAACCGACAACACCAGCAACAGUCCAACCUGCACACGACUUCAUCACAACCAUGCAUCAGCUUUGGGAUCGGACCCAUAAGCGCCUCCUUGACAUUCAACAGCAACAGAAGCGCCAAGCCGAUCGCCAUCGCAACGACCACACCAUUUCCGUGGGAGACCAGGUUCUCCUCGACACCCGCAACCUGGACAUCAGCCAUCUCCCAUCUAAACUUCGACCUCGCUUCUGCGGGCCUUUUCUCGUUGAAGCACAGGUCACUCCUGUUACCUUCCGCUUACGCCUACCAGCUACCUGGAAGAUUCACAACGCCUUCCAUGUCCAACUUCUGAAGCCCUAUCGAGAUCCUAAUACGAUCUUCGUCGGACGCCAACCGCCGCCGCCGCCACCCGUCCUCGUCCAAAAUGAACCCGAGUACGAGGUCGAGUCCGUGCUCGCACACCGCCGUCGUCGGAAUGGCACCGUGGAGCUUCUUAUCCGUUGGAAGGGUUAUGAUCCUUCUGAGGACAGCUGGGUCUCUGAGUCCGACAUGGGUAACGCCCGUCGUCCUCUGCAUGACUACCUUGUCAAGCAGGGUGUUACUUCUACCACCCAGCUUUGAGGGGGGGAAGUGUGAGAGAGGAGCCGACAGUUGUGUUCUGUGACAAUGAGUCUGCAGUGAAGCUGGCCAAGAAUGCUUGUCUGCAUGGGCUGACAAAACACAUAAGGCCUAAGUGGCACUGGGUGAGGAGACUCCUUGAUAAGGAGGUGCG